GUAAGGCACCAUUUUUGUCAUUUUCUCCCUUUUAUUUCGUUAUCCACACUCACUCAUUUGUUAGGAUUAUCACAACAACUAUGGCCUCAACAUCUCUUCUACUUCCACUCGGUUCAGUCUUUUCUAAAAGUUCGUCCAAGAAUCGUUAUCAAACAAUCGGAAGCACCCAAAUUCAAAGUGGGGUGGCGAGAAAGUGGGCGCAAGCUUCGAUGGGUACUGUUGAAGAUGCAGAAGGGUACAACUUAACUAAGCGCAGAGACUUAUUAAUUGGGAUGGGGUUUUCUGGUGUUUCUAGUUUCUUGGUGGGUUCUAAUGCAGAGGCAGCUGGUUUGCCACCAGAGGAAAAACCAAAAUUGUGUGAUGCUACAUGUGAGAAAGAGCUUGAAAAUGUUCCUAUGGUAACAACCGAGUCAGGCUUGCAGUACAAGGACAUCAAAGUUGGUGGAGGCCCUAGUCCCCCUGUUGGUUUCCAGGUGGCUGCAAAUUGUGUUGCCAUGGUUCCCUCGGGACAAAUUUUUGACAGCUCCUUGGAGAAAGGUCAACUUUACAUUUUCCGUGUGGGUGCUGGCCAGGUAAUCAAAGGACUUGACGAAGGGAUCCUGAGCAUGAAAGUGGGAGGAAAACGUCGACUCUACAUACCUGGAUCUUUGGCGUUUCCAAAAGGUCUGACAUCGGCUCCUGGAAGGCCAAGAGUGGCUCCUAAUAGCCCAGUGAUAUUCGACGUGAGUUUGGAGUACAUACCAGGCCUUGAAUCCGACGAAGAAUGAUCUUUUUAACAUUUUUUGUAUUGUUUUCUCCUUGGCAUGUAUCUAUUAAAGCUGAGGAAAGGCUCAUUUUACUUUCAUUAUUUCUACUGUAUGUCUGUAUUAUAUGCUCAGUUUGCAGUAUACAGUUCUUGUGAUAUGCUCAUAAAGCAUACAUGAGUAAAGACAUGACAAAGAAAUGUUAAAUAUCACCCCCUAGUAUUUUGUUCCUUCCUA